UUCUGGAUGUGUCAUUUUAUGGCUUGUUUAUACACAGUUUACUUACUGUUAAUAGUUUGAGUGGCUCUGAGGCACAUAUACUGAGAAAUCACGAGAAUGGACUAAAAAAUAUGAACUUGGACAUCUCAGCCGGUUUUCUUCAUAUGAAAGCACAAAAACACAUAUGCGUAGAAGAGCAAAAUAAUUUAAAAGUAUUUUCGCAUACAUCGUCAACAUCACGGCAAACGACUUCAACAUGGCCAGGAACUCAUCAGAUCAAGUCGCCACAACAAACCCAUGUAAAGCAUGCUGUUUAAAGUAUGUGUGGCAAGGGAAGUCUCAACCAGCAACAAAGAAGAACGAUACCCCGCAGCUGCGAGAAGGCAUCCCUGCUAGAAUUGAGAGUUUUCGAAAUAAGCAUAAGCGAUUGAUGAGCAUUGUGAUACCCGCAUCCGUAGUUCUAUUCCUGUGGGUCGCGUAUGGUAUAAAGAAGAACAUAUGGGGACUGUUUGUGGAUAACUACUUCAUGUCUGUCACCAUGGUAUUUGGAGCAGUGUUUGCAGGGUUGACAGGCCAAGCAUCUGCUGCUAUCGCAUUCCCAGUUAUGACGCUAGUGUUCAAGAUUCCCCCACCAGUUGCAAGAGAUGUGGCUGUGAUGAUACAAUCUGGAGGGAUGUCAGCCAGCACAUUCACGAUAUUCUACAUGGGC